GACCUUUAGACACAAAGACCACUUAUAAGUUUUCAACUCCUGGUGGAUGCAUUUACCUCAGAACUGACCACCACCGUGAACACCAGUGUGAGGUUUGCUCUCUGUGUCAGACUCAGAAGUCAAUUUUGUCCUAAGCGUGUAUCCGUACAAGGAGCCGUCCAUUGGUCUUGGCGUGGCAUCCCUCCUGUUCUCAUCAUGAAUGUUGUUGAGCCAUAUGAACCCGUCCAGCACCACUGGUUCUACAACCAGCAGGUGGACUCCAAAGACUCCUGGCAACCCUUCAGCAGAGAAGACUCACGGCGGCUGGAGGAUGCUUACAGUCGAGUGGGGAAAAAAGAAAAGGAUGAAGUGGAAGUGGCUACAGAUGGAAAGAGGUAUGACGUCAAGCUAUGUGAAAGAAAGCGUUACUCUGUAUAUUGGGAACAGAAGCCCGCCGAGGUCAGACGCUGCUCCUGGUUCCACAAAGGCAGCAAAGACAUGACCUACACUCCCUACAGUGAAGAACUCAGUGAUUUCCUAGAGGAUGCUUAUAUGAUUGCAAUGACCCUGGAUGAAUGGAAGACGAAUUUGGAGCUCCCAACAGGGGAAACUGUGAUCCUUCACAAUCCCAAGCUCAUGAUGCAGUAUCCCGGCAGCUGCAAAGAAUUUCCCCCUUCCCCGUCUGAACGGACUCAACCCAGGACACUAAAGAGAGGAAUUGAGAAUAUUCCAGUAGAGAUACCAGAGGGAGAACCAGAGAUAGUAGACCACCUGGUGUUCAUGGUUCACGGUAUCGGUCCUGCCUGUGACAUACGUCUCCGUGGCAUUGUCCAGUGUGUUAAUGAAUUUCGAAAUGCCUCUGACAGCCUCAUAAAGAGCCACUUCAGGCAGAGUGAGGACUCAUGCAUUAUUGGAAGGGUUGAGUACCUUCCUGUCAACUGGCACAAAGUCUUGCAUGGAGAAACUACAGGAGUUGACAAAGACGUUGAGAGAAUCACUCUGCCUAGCAUUAGCCGCCUGCGUCAGUUCAGCAACGACACAGUGCUGGACCUUUUCUUCUACAACAGCGCUACGUACUGCCAGACUAUUGUGGAUACAGUAGCAUCUGAGAUCAACCGUUUGCACAGCCUCUUCCUCCAGAGACAUCCACACUUCACAGGACACGUUUCCCUGGUUGGACACAGCCUUGGCUCAUUGAUCCUGUUUGAUCUCCUGACCAAUCAAGAGACUGAUGCAGAUGGCACACCUCAUGAGCUCAGUGAGGACGCUCAUGUAGACACAGGCUGCGGUUCCUAUGAGAGUCUUGAGGAGGCACUGAAGGGACAUGGGUUGGAGGAGCACAUCAAUGUACUGCACAGAGAACAAAUGGAUAUGGAGUCCUUGAUGCUUUGCUCAGAGAAGGACCUAAAAGAUAUUGGAAUACCUCUGGGUCCUCGCAAGAAAAUUAUGAACUGUGUGAAGAAAUGGAAGCACUCUAGAUCUGGAAGUGGACAUGCAGCCCAAAAUGAGACACACUCCCCAAGUCUAGGGAUGAGAAAUGAACAUCACACCCCCACCACUAGUGCGGUUGAUUAUCAGCAUUUUGAUGUUGGCAUUGGACAAGUAUCUAUCGAUUAUCCUCAGUUAGCCUUUCAUCCGCAGGCGUUCUUUGCCAUGGGUUCACCCAUAGGAAUGUUUUUAACCGUCAGAGGUCUGAAGAGGAUAGAUCCUAAUUACAGCUUCCCAACUUGCAAGAGUUUCUACAACAUCUUCCAUCCAUUUGACCCAGUGGCGUAUCGAAUCGAGCCCAUGAUUUUGUCCCAAGACGUGGACUUGCCGCCCAUGUUGAUACCCCAUCAUAAAGGCAGAAAAAGGAUGCACCUCGAACUCAAAGAGGGUUUGACUCGAGUCAGUUCUGAUUUACUGGGAUCCCUACGAAUGGUUUGGCAGAGCAUUUCUCAGGUCCCGACGCCAGCGCUCGCAGAGGGUGGAAUCAGUUCCAUGACCCCUACAGAUGAAGCAGAAGUGUUACCAAUGGAGCUGGAGGAAGGAAACUUAACCAAGGUGGGGACGUUGAAUCGUGGGCGACGUAUUGACUUUGUCCUUCAGGAGACACCAAUUGAAAGUUUCAAUGAGUACCUGUUUGCCAUACAGAGCCAUUUGUGCUACUGGGAGUCUGAGGAUACUGCUCUGUUGGUUCUGAGAGAGAUUUAUGGAAAUAUCCCAGCGAGAAACACUCAUUUAUGAAUGUUAUAUAACUUUUGUACUGUAUAACUACCUUUAAAGCCAGUCCAGUCCACAGUGAGUUGAUUCGCUCCACACAUUUUAACCAGCCAGCCAAUAAACUACCUAAAAAAUUAAGAAUUUGAAAUUGGAAUCCCAACUGAACUAUUGCCAGGUAUUGGGAUAUUGUUGCAAUAUUCUUAUGGCAGGAUUACGGACAUUUGAUACGCACAAUAGCCUUUUGUGCAAUAAUGCACACUGUAAUAGAAACCUGCAUUUAAUGUGUAGCCUACUUAUGUAACUUUGGUUUCCUAAUUUUCCAAUUAAUUAAUUAUUAUUAUGUAUUUAUAUUGUUUGGAUAUUUGUGAUGUUUUUUAAUUAUAUUAUUAAACUCCUAACCCUAAAUUAUUUUUUGUGAUGCCUGUAU